CAAAAGCAAGUUCAAUUUUCAGAUAUAAUUUAAAGUUGCAAAAUCAAUAAACUACCAAUCUUAGCCACCGGUCUUGCUUCGGCGUUAAUAUCCAUAUGAAUGGGAAAGCCUGUGUGUAUUGAAUCGGGCUCUAUCCAUCUGGCGACACAUGCGCACUUUUCCCAUAUCGACUUGUGAUACUAAAUUCAACUUUGCAAACUCCUUACACCACCGCUGCACUAAACUCUUGACGGCGCGUUAUCAUAAGGAACCACGUCAUUCACUGUCGCGGGUGAUUGUCCCAGCUACACCGUAAAAUCAUUCACAAUGGUGAUGUGCAGGUCGCCGGUUUCGCUCAUUGUUUUUAUUUUAUCUUUGAAAUUUCUAAGUAUACAUGGAGUGUGGGAGCUGGAUAAAACUAACUUUGACAAGUUUCGAGAGGCAGCCUCUUUUCCAAUCUACUUUGUCGACUCACCAGGGUGUUCCCGUUGCCGGGUGCUCUAUCCGUUUUUCUUCGCCGCUUCUCAGAUAUUUAAAGAUGACAGGGAAAUCAUCUUCGGGAGGGUUCAGGACAAAACGCUGAUACGCCAGUGGGGGAUCGAGGAACUGCCCGCCAUAUUCUUCCACGAGAAGGGGGAGAAGGAAGCGGAGAGACUGGAGGGCGACAUCACCGUUGACAACAUCGUCAACACCAUCGCCCUAGCUAUGCCCGGCUACAUCGGGGAGGUGAAACGCCAACACGUCAUCGAGGUCACCGACAAAAACUACGACGAACUGGUCAUCACACCCAAACAGAAUGUUAUACUACUCAACUAUAAUAACGAGGAAAGAAAUCUUAGGUUUUCAUACGAAGAAAUAGCUACAGCAUUCCGAUUUGACGAACAGGUGAUAUUCUGCGCCAUUGACUCGGAUAAAUAUCCACAACUGAAACGAGAAAGAUUCGGUCACCAGGGAAACCCAGCAGUGUUUUGGUAUGAAGCGGAUAAUAAGCAUGAUAAAUUCCUGUAUGGCGGAAAAAUCCACCCGGAGGCCCUGCUGCAGUUUGUCAACGAGAAGACCAACUUGUGGAGGAAGGUGAACGGGCGACUGGAACCUCGGUCUGGUCGUAUCGAGAACCUUGACAACAUAUUCACGAAGUAUGUUCCGAGUAUUAAGGAUAUGAAAAUAUCUAAAAUGAAGGCGGCUGUGUCUGAGCUGAAGGGAGCCGACCUGCAACAUCCCUGGGAGGCCGACUUUGCCGAGUACUACAGCGAGAUGAUUGAGCGGAUGAUCGAGACCGGAAGCAACCACGUGCCCCUGUCGAAGGAGCACGAGGCCGUUCUCGAAAUGGUCAACGAUAUCGACGGUUUGACGCAGAAACAGCGAGACUUCUUCGUGAGAAAAAUGAACAUCGUUGACUUCAUGGCCUCAUCUAUCAAGAACUACGACCCAACCAAAAACAUCCCUGUAGGGAAGAUGAUCCCCGCUCAGCCCAAGAGCAACUCGCAGCUCCCCCGGGAGGAAUUGUAGUGCUAGGCCCGCAGUGUAUAUGUGUGAAUGGGCGGAGCUUGGCUGGACAAUGACCUAUCCCUAGAUGUAUGUAAAUCAUACAUGCCUCAUGAAUUUUCAUCAUCAAGCUAAAGGGUUGUUUAGGAAUGUAACAGUGUACAACUUUAUGUUUUAGAAGUUACACAUGUCAGAAACACUGGACCUUGUAGAUAUGAGAAACACAUACAAAUUAUUUAUUCCAUAACGUUUUUGAACGUAUGAUGAUGAUUCACAAGGACGUUCCGACCUAUUACCAGUAUACUAUAUAUGUUGUGUGCAAUCGUACUUAAUAAUUAAAAGGCCACUGGGAUGAAUUGCGGGAAGCUCUAUCGGCCUACGCUUAAAUUGUAAAUAUAGAUUGGGUAGAUAUGUUUCAAAAUCAUUCCGACGAUAAACAGGGCCCACGUACACAGAACGAGCAUGUGUUGCUGGGAGUUGUGCUUGACUUGGCGUAAAGUAAACACUGUGCAUGUUGAACAUCGAAAUGGUACAAUUCUCGUAGGAAACGUGUCCGUUUCAUCACGCACCGUUACUUAUUUCUUCACUCUACUUAAACCUUCACUACUGCCAGUUCAUGUCAUGAGCGGAUAGUCCCUGUGUAGCUGCAUGGACAUGUGUACGUGUGGGAACAACAGAUAUAAAUGUUUCUUUUUCAUAAA